AUGAACAAUGAUUCAUUGACCCCACAGAACAAACAAGAGGAGAAGGAGGAAAAGGAAAAAGAGAGAGAAGAGAUUGUAUCCACCAAUCCUGGUAGUAGUUGCUCAACAACAUCGUCAUCAUAUACAACUUUUGGCAAUGUACCUAAAUGCUAUCAGAAUGGAUAUCAUCCAUCGGGUUGGGACAUGGUUCAAGUGUUUCUAGCAGGUAUUUGGAAGCCAUUCAAAAUCAAGAGUAUCCUAGAACACAAGAACCGUAUUAAACUGGAUCUCAAGGUUGGCGAUGUCUGUAAAGAUGCCAGAUUACUCACGUAUCAUCAAGAUGAUAUUGCCACUGUCGACGAUCAAGCCUACGAUACUACUCUCUACCAAUUAUUGGAUAAUCAACCAACCAAACCUAUCCUAUUGUUCUGUGGGUCAUAUACUUGA